AUGCAAUCCACAUCACCACCCCCACCACCACCGUAUGCCUCAAAGCACACAAUAAUUGCCGCACCGCCUGCUGUCUCGAGUCGUUCCAGCCUCACAUCCCUCCUCUCGCCUACUAGCAAGUCGCCCUCUCCCGAUCCCUCAGGCCAUCGAGUCUCCACUGCCCUCAACAUCACCUUCUCUCCACCCCCUGCAAGUGAUGGAAGUUGCGGCUUUACGCUUGAGCAGCCUCGACAUCACGUAGUUCAACGUGUCUCCACUCCUCCACCACCACCAGUGAAUUCUUCCAGUUCUACUGUAUCGAUUGUUAAUGCAAUUCCCACUGAAUGGAUGCCCGAACGAACUCUACGUGGGAAGACCUUUUACAAGGACCAGGAUAAAAUCUACUGCGAAGAAGACUACCUUUACUGGGGAUUUCAGCAAAUGGCUGAAAAAUGCACUGUCUGUGAUCAUAUCAUUGCUCCAACCAUCGUGCGCGCGAUGGGCAAGUCCUACCACCCGGGCUGCUUUCGUUGCACCAUCUGCAACAAUUGUAUGGAAAAGCAGCCCUUCACCGUGGACCAGGAGGGACAUAUUUUCUGUCUCUACGACUAUUACCUUGCAACGGCACCUACCUGCGCUGCCUGCGCCAAUCCCAUCCUCCCUGAUUCGACCGCUGACGAAGUGCUUCGUGUAGUCGCAAUGAACAAAGAGUUCCACAUCGAUUGUUAUCGCUGCGAGGACUGUGACAUAUUGCUCUCUGACGAGGUUUCCUCGCGUUGUUAUCCCUACGUGGAGACUGGAGAAGGUGGGACGCCCGGACGCACUCAUCUCUUGUGCUUAAAAUGCCAUCUGGCGCGUAUCGGUGCGACUCCAGCCCCGGGACAAAAUCUAGACUCAUUGCCGCUGCAACGUCGACGUCGUAGCUCCAAUGGAUCCUCCUCCCUUGCCUCUUCGAGUGAUUUGAGGGUUCCAGGCUCAGUCUCCCUUACCCAUAGCAGUGGAAGUGGUGAAAGGUCCUCGCCCUACUCUACCGAAAGACGCACUAUUGCGAAACCUUGGUCGUCUACUGGUCGAUCGGGCUACUAUGGCACUGAGAGCGAUGGACGCUGA